UCUGGGGAUUGUAGUACCCUCUCCGUCCCGUCGCGGGACUUUUGCCCUCCAGUUCCCGGUUCCCUCAGGCGGCCUCCCCAGUGGGCACAAGCCCAGGCGCCGUGCCCCGCGCUCCCUCCCUCUGCCCUUCACUUCCCAGCUGCCAAGAUCUUGGAAGCUUUGAAGCUCAGAGAAGAAGGAAAAUCCAUUGAGAACAGUCUGUAAAGGGGUGACUCUGGGCUUCAGAGCCCUGAGAAGAAGUCACUCAAUCCAGGAACACAGACAUCUUCACCAGCCCACCGUCAUGGCUGUAAAACCUCCAGAACUCAAGAACUCCUGAAAGUUACGUGGAGAAAGGUUGUGUGGACACUCAUUUUUCUUAAACACCUGUCUCCUCUGCCUAGCAAGGCUGACUCCUUGCUGCCCUCUCAUUGUGGUCUGUCUCAGUGUGUGGAGACCCUGCAGCUGAGCAUCCCAGGUGCUGUAUAAUUCUCAAGAUGGUAGGGUUGAUGGAUUUUAAUCAGGCUUCAACUGUGAAGAGAUGUCAUUCCGAUUUGGCCAACACCUCAUCAAGCCCUCUGUGGUUUUUCUCAAGACAGAACUGUCCUUUGCUCUUGUGAACAGGAAGCCUGUGGUACCAGGACAUGUCCUCGUGUGUCCCCUUCGGCCGGUGGAGCGUUUCCGAGACCUGCAUCCCGAUGAGGUGGCGGAUUUGUUUCAGGCGACCCAGAGGGUCGGGAUGGUGGUGGAGAAACAUUUCCAGGGGACUUCUCUCACAUUUUCCAUUCAGGAUGGGCCUGAAGCUGGACAGACUGUGAAGCAUGUUCACAUCCACAUUCUUCCGAGGAAGGCUGGAGACUUUCAAAGGAAUGACAGCAUCUAUGAUGAGCUCCAGAAACAUGACAAGGAAGAGGAGGACGCCCCAACCUUGUGGAGGUCCGAGGAGGAAAUGGCAGCAGAAGCCGCAACCCUGCGGGCCUACUUUCAGUGACUGUGCAGGCAUGAAAGUAACUUGAACAAAUCCCAAGGCAUAAGGAAAUGGGCCUCAUUCUCUAGGACUCUGCGGCAUUGGAAAUGAAGCUAAGCAGACUUUAUUACAUCCUACAAUUCUGCAACCUUUUGCGAAGCAUUUUAUUACACUUGUGGAAGCCAUCGGGGUUACGUUUCAAUCACGAUGACUGACAGGCUAACUUCAAUAAUAACAGCAUCGACAGCCCUUCCACACUUCCUGGGCUAUGUACUUAGAAUAGAACCUUUUCUAAAUUGUCCCUUGGCCUGGAUGGAAAUAAAAUGGUAGUUAAAAUAUU